AUGAUAAACCACCAUCAUGUUCUACCGUCACAGCCGCCACCUGGCCUGAGAUUCUUGGCCGCCCCUGAAAAAACCCACAGAUUCCACCAAUUCCUCGUCCUCGCCCUCACAUUCGCCGCCUACGCCGCCUUCCACGCCUCCCGCAAACCACCCAGCAUAGUCAAAUCGAUCCUCACGGCCCCGCCCAACCAAACCCUAGCGGGCAACUCCUCCGAUUCCGAUCAGGUCCAAUUCAAAUCCGCCCCGAACCCACUUCACAACGAGAGCGGGUGGGCCCCGUUCGACGGCCCGCGUGGUCCCCACCGCCUCGGUGAGCUGGAUCUCUCCUUCCUGCUUGCUUACGCCGUCGGGAUGUACUUCUCCGGCCACGUCGGCGACACAGUUGAUCUGAGGGUCUUCCUCACCGUCGGUAUGGUCGGCAGCGGCGCCUUCGUGAUGCUCUUCGGGCUGUGCUAUUUCCUCGAUCUGCACUCGUUCGCCGCAUUUGUGUUCAUUCAGGUGUUCUGUGGGCUGUUUCAGUCCAUCGGGUGGCCUUGCGUGGUGGCCGUUGUCGGCAACUGGUUCGGGAAGGCCAAGAGAGGGCUGAUAAUGGGUGUAUGGAACUCUCACACCUCUGUGGGUAACAUUAUCGGCUCCGUGGUGGCUUCCUCGGUAUUGGGCUUCGGGUGGGGCUGGUCUUUCCUUCUGCCCGGCGGGCUUAUUGUGGUAGUGUCGGGUUUUGUUUACUGGUUUCUUGUCGUGCAUCCUGAGAUUGUCGGGUUCGAGUCGUCUGGUGGGGAUGUUGAGAUGUCUGUGGAAGGUUUGGCAUUGGUCGGGUCAGACAAAAAUGAGGGUGUUGUGGAUGGAAUUGUGGGGGUGCCCACAGAUGAUGAGAGCUCGGCCGCCAUAGGUUUCUUGGACGCGUGGAGGCUUCCUUAUGUGGCAUCUUACGCAUUCUGCUUGUUCUUCUCAAAGUUGGUGGCUUACACGUUUUUGUAUUGGCUGCCGUUUUACAUUAGACACACAGCUGUUGCUGGUGUUCACCUCUCGCACAAAACCGCAGGGAUCCUCUCGACAAUCUUCGACAUUGGAGGAGUCUUUGGUGGAAUUUCGGCGGGCCUUAUAUCUGACCUAAUCGAGGCCCGAGCCGUGACUUCAAUUAUGUUCCUAUUCCUCUCUAUCCCAUCCCUCAUACUCUACCGUGUUUAUGGUAACAUAUCCAUGCUGGCAAACACGUCACUAAUGUUCCUAUCUGGCUUGCUCGUUAAUGGACCUUACUCCCUAAUAACGACAGCUGUUGCAGCUGACCUUGGCACGCAGAGCACGGUUUUUGGGAAUUCACGUGCGCUGGCCACAGUCACGGCAAUUAUUGAUGGCACGGGCUCUGUGGGUGCUGCCUUGGGCCCACUUCUUGCCGGUUAUAUUUCGACUAGAGGGUGGAAUAGUGUGUUCUUCAUGCUUAUUGUCUCGAUAAUUUUCGCUGGUUUUUUGUUGAUACGCGUGGUGAAGAAUGAGAUUGAAGGGAAGGUGAGUCAAGGUAGGUGGCUUUGGCUGGGCGUGAUCGUUCGUUGA